AGGAGUUCCAACUCGUGCGUUAAAGGGCAGAGUGGAGACGUAUUAUCCAUAACAGUAGAAUAGAUGUCAAAUAGUCUCGAGCGCCGCUACGCUUGUCACCCUCGAGACAUAUCCAGGACUCAGAACCCUCUUCCCGGCACGAACCCUGCGUCCAGAUACAGCCCCUGGCUGGUACCGUCCUGAACGGAACUUGAGCCGCUUUGGAUGCUGGACUGCUGGAUGGAAGCUUGGCUCGUGACGGAGACGUCAGACGUGAACAGCAGCAGCAGCAAAGCAUCGCGCGGGCCAAGAGACAGACAGCCAGAUAGCCAGUCGCGUGAAAGAUGGCUGACCGGACAGCGCCGAACUGCCACCUGCGGCUCGAGUGGAUCUAUGGUUACCGGGGACAGCAGUGCCGCAACAACCUCUACUACACCGCUAACCGCGAGAUCGUCUACUUCGUGGCUGGAGUCGGAGUGGUGUACAACACGCGCGAGCACAAGCAGAAGUUCUACUUGGGACACACGGAUGACAUCAUAAGUCUAGCUCUGCAUCCGGAGCGUGUGUUGGUGGCGACAGGCCAGGUGGGGAAGGAGCCGUACGUGUGUGUGUGGGACUCCUACACCAUGCAGACCGUCUCCAUCCUCAAGGACACACACACACACGGAGUGGCCUGCCUCGCAUUUGACCUGGAUGGACAGUGUCUCGUGUCUGUAGGUCUGGACUCUAAGAACACGGUGUGUGUGUGGGACUGGAGGAGAGGGAAGGUGCUCGCUGCUGCUCCCGGACACACCGACAGGAUCUUCGAUAUCUCCUGGGAUCUUUAUCAGCCCAACAAACUGGUCAGCUGUGGAGUCAAACAUAUAAAGUUCUGGACGCUGUGCGGUAAUGCCUUGACUCCUAGGCGGGGCGUGUUCGGGCGUGCGGGCGAGUUGACGACCAUCCUGUGUGUGUCGUGUGCGAGAGAUGAGCUGACGUAUUCCGGAGCCCUGAACGGAGACAUUUACAUCUGGAAGAGUGUCAACCUGCUGAGGACCAUACAGGGAGCACACACGUCAGGUAUAUUCAGCAUGAAUGCGUGUGAGGAGGGCUUCGCCACUGGCGGUCGUGAUGGAUGUAUUCGGCUGUGGGACCUCACCUUCAAACCCAUUACCCUCAUCGACCUCACAGACACUGACCAGGGGUACAAAGGCCUUUCGGUUAGGAGUGUGUGUUGGCGUGGAGAUCAUAUCUUGGUGGGGACGCAGGAUAGUGAGAUAUUUGAGGUCGUCGUUCACGACAGAAGCAAACCUUUCCUCAUCAUGCAGGGCCACUGUGAGGGGGAGCUGUGGGCUCUGGCUGUUCAUCCCUCUAAACCGCUCGCCAUGACCGGGAGCGACGACCGCUCAGUCAGGAUCUGGAGUCUAGUAGACCACGCUCUGAUUGGCCGGUGUAAUAUGGAGGAGCCAAUCAGAUGCGCCGCUGUGAGCAGCGAUGGAAUCCACCUGGCACUUGGCCUGAAGGACGGAUCAUUUACCGUGCUCAGAGUCAGGGACAUGUCUGAGGUGGUGCACCUUAAGGAGCGAGAGGGGGCGGUGCUAGAUCUGAAAUAUUCUCCAGACGGCAGCCUAUUGGCGGUCGCCUCCAGCCAACGAACUGUCGACAUCUACGGGGUCGUACAGAGAUACAAGAAGGUGGGUGAGUGUAUCGGUGCCGGUUCCUAUAUAACUCAUAUGGACUGGGCCACGGACAGUAAACACCUCCAGACCAACGACGCCAACAGCAGACGAUUAUUCUUCCGGAUGCCCAGCGGUAAGGAGGUGAUGAACAGGGAGGAGCUUAAGAUGGUCCAAUGGGCUUCCUGGACAUGUGCGCUGGGGUCAGAGGUCAUGGGGGUGUGGCCUAAAUACUCCACCACCAAUGACAUCACCUCUCUGGAUGCCAACUUCACCAAUCAGGUGCUAGUAACCGCUGACGACCUCGGAACCGUCAAACUCUACAGAUUCCCCUGCAUCAGGAAAGGGGCCAAGUAUAGGAGGUACCUGGGUCAUUCGGCCCACAUCACGAGUGCCCGCUGGUCACAUGACUACCAAUGGGUGGUUACGAUUGGUGGAGCCGACCACGCCCUCUUCCAAUGGCGCUUCAUCCCCGAGAGGAAGACCAAAGAUGCCUUACACAUCGCACCUCAGGAAUCUCUCGUUGACUCCAACAGUGAGGAGUCUGACUCUGACCAAUCGGAUGUUCCUGAGAUGGACUCUGAGAUCGAACAAGAGACGCAACACACCUACAGACGACAGCUCUACAAGGAGGACCUCCCUCAGCUGAAGCAGCAGUGUAGAGUGCGGCGUCGUGCAGUAGCGCUGAAGAAGAGAGAGAGGGCGCCACUGAGCAGCCUAAGACUACACUUCAUACAUGGCUAUCGUGGUCAUGACUGUAGGAGUAACCUCUUCUACACCCAGUCCGGUGAGAUCGUGUACCACGUGGCAGCAGUAGGUGUGGUCUACAACAGAACCAACCAAUCACAACGCUUCUACCUCGGCCACGACGACGACAUACUGAGCCUGGCCAUACACCCGCUAAAAGACCACAUCGCUACGGGACAGGUGGGUCGUGAUGCCUGUGUUCACGUUUGGGAUGCAGAGCUGUUAAAGCCUCUCGCCGUACUCAGAGGAAUACAUCAGGUGGGAGUCAACGCCCUCGACUUCUCAGCGGACGGUAAGCGCUUGGUGUCAGUGGGUCUGGAUGACCAUCACACUAUAGUACUAUGGGACUGGAGGAAAGGAGAGAAACUCGCAACUAUGAGGGGCAGUAAGGAGAAGAUCUUUGGGGUGAAGAUGAAUCCGUAUGUUCCCGACAAACUUGUGACCGCUGGCGUCAAACACAUGAAGUUCUGGACACGAGCUGGUGGGGGUCUCAUUGGGAAGAAGGGUCUUAUGGGUCGUCCAGAGACCAUGCUGUGUGCGGCGUUCGGCUGGUCUGAGGAGAUGUGCUUCUCUGGAACGGUGAGCGGAGACAUCUGCAUCUGGAGAGACCUGCUGCUCAUCAAGACCGUCAAAGCUCACGACGGACCCGUAUUCAGCAUGCACGCCCUGGAGAAGGGUUUCGUGACAGGAGGUAAGGACGGCAUUGUAGCGCUGUGGGAUGAGACGUUUGAGAGAUGCCUGAAGACCUACGCCAUCAAGAGAUCUGGACUAUCGCCUGGAUCUAAAGGGCUCCUACUGGAGGAUAACCCGUCUAUUCGUGCCAUCUCAUUGGCUCACGGCCAUAUCCUCGUGGGAACUAAGAAUGGAGAAAUUCUGGAAGUGGACAAGGGCGGGCCCAUCACACUACUCGUACAGGGUCAUAUGCAGAGUGAGGUCUGGGGUCUGGACACACACCCCCAUCUGCCUGUGUGUGCCACCGUCAGCGAUGACAGGACCCUCCGCAUCUGGGACCUCUCGCCUUCCCACUGCAUGCUGGCCAUACGCAAACUAAAGAAGGGUGGUCGUUGCUGUGCCUAUUCUCCUGAUGGCAAGGCGCUGGCUGUCGGCCUGAGUGACGGCAGCUUCCUGGUUGUCAACGGUGACACUCUGGAGGACCUGGUGGCGUUCCAUCACCGCAAGGAGCCAAUCACAGACAUACGCUUCUCCCCCGGUGUGGGUAAAUACGUGGCGGUGGCGUCGGCUGAGGGCUUCGUGGAUAUCUAUAAUGUGAUGAGCAGCAAGAGAGUUGGAGUGUGUAAGGGAGCCAACUCACACAUCACACACAUGGACUGGGACAAGAGGGGAAAACUCCUACAGGUGAAUACAGUGUCCAGAGAGCAAUUCUUCUUUGAGGCUCCACGUGGAAAGAAGCAGAACAUUCCUCCAUCAGAGGUGGAGAAGAUGGAGUGGAGCUCGUGGACGUGUGUGUUGGGCUCGUCAGUGGAGGGUGUGUGUCCGGUCAUCAGUGAGCUUCCCGAGGUGACGUGUGCGUGUCUCAGUGGUUGCGGAACACUGCUGGCUACCGGAGACAACCUGGGACACCUCAAACUGUUCAGGUACCCUGCUAAGGGGAAGUAUGCUAAGUUUAAGCGCUACCUGGGCCACAGUUGUCAUGUGACCAAUGUGCGCUGGAGCCAUGACGACUGUCACCUGGUGACGGUGGGCGGGGCCGACACGUGCGUGAUGGUGUGGCGGCACGAGGGAGACCCGCGCGUGUGCGAGAGUGUGUGUGAGGGCCGGCGGGAGACGCUCGUAGACAGCCAGGAGUCGGACAUCGACAGUGAAGAUGACGGAGGUUAUGAUAGUGACGUGACUAGGGAGAAUGAGAGCGUGUACGUUAUUAAGGCGUUGGCCAGCAACAUCCGCGUGAUGACGGGGGUGAAGCCUCAUCUGCAGAGCAAAGAACCAGCUGUUGAUGACAGGACGGGUGUAGUCAGAGGCUCAAGGCCUCCAGUAAGUCGGGCGCUCCCCUUACCGGAGAAGCUUCACACCAACAGCGUGGGCAAGAAGAAGAGGCCAAUAGAGGAUCUGGUUCUGGAGCUGGUGUUUGGUUACCGUGGUAAAGACUGUCGUAACAACGUUCAUUACCUUAACGACGGGGCUGAUAUCAUAUACCACACAGCGUCAAUAGGCAUUGUGCUGAACCUGAGCACAGCCAGUCAGAGCUUCUACACUGAGCACAGUGAUGACAUCCUGUGUCUGACGGUCAACCAGCACCCCAAAUUCCCCAACGUGGUGGCCACCGGACAAGUAGGGGAUGCUGGAGACAUGUCGGCCACGUCCCCCAGUAUCCACGUGUGGGAGGCAUCGUGUAAGACCACGCUAGCGGUUCUGCGAUGCUCCCACUCCUCAGGUGUUUGUAGUGUUAGUUUCAGUGCCACGGGGAAGCUCCUCCUCUCCACUGGUCUCGAUCCUCUACACACCCUCACCGUCUGGAGAUGGCAAGAAGGUACUCCGCUGGCGUGUGUGUCAGGCCAUAGUGAGCGCAUCUUCGUUGCCGAGUUCCGUCCUGACUCAGAUGUCUCGCUAGUGGCCUGUGGGGUUCGACACGUCAGAUUCUGGACACUUGCAGGGGGGGCUUUGCUGAGUAGGAGAGGAGUGAUGAGCAACAUCCCCGACGCUCGCAUGCAGACUAUGCUCUCAUUGGCCUUCGGAGCCAGCAACCUUACAUUUACAGGGACCAUUAGUGGUGACGUGUGUGUGUGGAAGGAGCACAUGUUGGUGCGUAUCGUAGCCAAAGCACACACCGGUCCAGUCUUCACCAUGUACACAACUCUUAAAGACGGACUCAUAGUCACCGGGGGCAAGGAGAGACCGUCUAAGGAGGGGGGUGCAUUAAAGCUGUGGGACCAGGAGUUGAAGCGCUGCAGAGCAUUCCGAUUGGAGACGGGCCAGAACAUCGACUGCGUACGCGCCGUGUGUAGGGCCAAGGGUAAGAUUCUGGUGGGGACGCGUAAUGCUGAGAUCCUGGAAGUGUGUGAGAAGAACGCGGCGUGUUCCAUCCUGGUCAACGGACACACAGACGCCGUCUGGGGCCUGGGAACACACACACACCCCUCACGAGACGUCUUCUUAUCCGCCAGCGACGACGGCACUGUGCGGCUCUGGGACAUCACAGAAAGGAAGAUGCUUAAUAAGGUGUGUGUGGGGGGUCCAGUGCGGAGCGUGUGCUACAGCCCGGAAGCUUCUAUGGUUGCCAUGGGGAUGAAGAGUGGAGAGUUCAUCAUCCUCCUUGUGUCAUCACUCAAGAUCUGGAGCAAGAAGAGAGACCGACACACGCCUGUACACGACAUACGGUUCAGUCCCGAUUCCCACUACCUGGCUGUGGGCUGUAGUGAGUGUGUUGACGUGUAUGAUCUGAGUCUCGGCCCGCAACUGGGCCGCAUCCAGACCUGUAGAGAGGCAGACCUGGCCCGCAACCCGACCUGCAGCUUCCUGAUCUCAAUGGACUUCUCAGCUGAUAGUACACACCUGCAGGUGUCCACAGGGACCUAUCGGAGGCUGGUGUUUGAGGUGGCGUCUGGGAGAUUGUUGACGGACACCACUGCCAUCGAUAGAAUCACCUGGGCCACCUGGACAAGUAUAUUGGGUGAUGAGGUACUGGGUGUGUGGAGUCGUACUCCGGAGCGGGCGGACGUGACGUGUGUGUGUGUGUCUCACUCGGGACUCAACGUGGCGGCCGGAGACGACACCGGAACUCUCAAACUCUUCAACUUCCCCUGCCAAGACAAGUUUGCGCGGUUUAAGCGUUUCCUGGGACACUCUAGUCAUGUGACAAAUGUGCGUUUCACCAGCGGAGACCGAUAUCUCAUCAGUGCAGGAGCCGAUGACCACAGCCUUUUCAUCUGGAAGUGUGUCCACACCCCUCACUAGGCUACACACGCACACACACACACACACACACAUACAGCCAUCUACACUGGAAUGCAGCCAAAUAUCUUAAUCAAAAUACAAUCAAGGCUAAAUAUCACAAUGCACACGUACACAGAUGCACACACACAACGCAAUACAAACUUGCGUGGCCUUGUUGGUGUGUGUUUGUGAGAAAGGUGUGUGUGUGUGUGUGUGUGUGUUGUGCUCCUCGCCAAAGUGCUCCAGUCACUGUGCGCCAAACAGACCUCUUCACUGUGCUUCUGCUGUAUCCAUGGAUACCAACGAUGCCUCCUGUCUUAAACCAUGGAGACCAUUGGCCCUGCCCACUCAUCUCCAUGUUGACCACUGCUGCCUCCUGCAUAUCACUAUGGCAACCACUGCUGCCUCCCAGUGGCAGGUGAACACCUGUCUGCUUAAACACACCUGGGUACCCCUGCACUGUGUGGUUGUGUGUGUGUGUGGGUGUGUUAGAGAUACGGUUUAAGGGACAUAUGAUUCUGUAAUACAUGAGAAUGUUAUGCAGCGUAGGUGUGCAGACUGGAAUAUCAGAUACAGAGUGGGAAUAUUGUGUCGAUUGCAGAGUGGAGUCAUUCAGUUAUGGAGUGGGAAAAUCAUAUGUGGAAUUGUGGAAUAGAAUAUAGAGUAAGAACAUGGAAUAUAGAGGGGGAAUGCUGUACAAAAUGUGUAGAGGGAAUAUCAGAUUAUGCCGGUUAUAAGA